CUCAGCAUAGUACACAUAGUAAAAAGUACACACUUUGUGUCAUCUGCUCGUGAUAACGUCAUCGUCCGAAUCAAUAAAACUGCUAAAAUACUUCAGUAAGAUUGCCUCUCAUUGCUGAAAAACUUAUUCAAUUAUGUGAAAGAAUCAUAAUGACAAAAAAUGGAUGAAAUGGUAAUACGGGUGUUAUACGGAAGCGAGACCGGAACCGCUCAAGACGUUGCCGAACAAAUCUGGAAGAGCGCCAAAAGGAAAGGAUUGCAAAGCACAGUAUCAUCUCUGAAUGAUUAUGACAUUCAAAAUCUCCCUUUCGAACAAUUGAUUAUCUUCGUUGUUGCAACGACUGGACAAGGAGACCCUCCAGCCAACAUGAAACAAUUCUGGAGACAUCUAUUACGCAAGACUCUCUCAGCAACUAUGCUCCAAAAUCUAAAAUAUGGCGUACUUGGAUUGGGCGAUAGUUCUUAUUCAAAAUUCAAUUUUGCUGCGAAGAAAUUAAAUAAACGUCUCGUGCAAUUAGGUGGCGAAGAAUUAUUACCCAUUGGGCUUGCCGAUGAUCAGCAUAAUCUGGGAAUUGAUGCUGUAGUCGAUCCUUGGAUCAAAAAAUUGUGGGAAGAAAUUGCAAAUGUUUUCAAAAUUUCUGUAGAGAACAAAAUAAACAAAGAAGAUUUGAUAAUUGAGAGAUAUAAUAUUUCAAUAAUAGAAAUGAAACAAUCAAAUCCGAUAUGUAUUGACGAACAGUUAUUAGACAUUCCAUAUCAUUUAAAUACUGAUAUCUAUGCACAAGAAACAUUCAUCAAUAGCGACAUCAGAAUAGGAACGAUAGUUGAAAAUAUAAGCACUACUUCCCAAGAUCACUUUCAAAAUGUUAGAUUGAUAACAAUCAAAGCGAAUAAUAUUACUUACGAUCCUGGAGAUGUUAUCUACAUUAGACCGAAGAAUACAGCAGAACAAGUAAAACGGUUUUUUGAUAUACUACACGAACACAAUAUAAAAUUGUUUUCAGAUACAAUAAUUCAAGUAUCAGAGAAAGAGAUAAAGGUUCCAUUUAUUUUAAAACGAAAUUUAACUUUAGGAGAGAUUGUUGAACAAUAUUGGGAUCUGAAUUUCAAGCCACGAAGAUCUACUAUGCAUACUUUAUCUCUUAUCAGCGAAAAUGAAUUAGAAAAAGAAAAACUAUGUGAAUUUAUCAGUCCGAUUAGCCAAGAAGAGCUUUAUGAUUAUAUAAACAGGCCAAGAAGAAAUAUUUUGGAAGUCCUCAAAGAUUUCCCUCAUACGACCAGUAAAUUAAACAUUACAUUAUUGUUUGAAAUUAUGUCACCCAUAAAGCCACGUCCUUAUAGCAUUGCCUCCAGUUUAGAAACUACUCCAAAUAGAAUACAAGUUCUAAUAGCAGUAGUUAAAUUUAAGACUAGAUUGGUGGAGCCAAGAUUUGGGUUAUGUUCAAAGUGGUUGGCAAGUUUAAAUAAUAAUGAUAAAGUGAUAUUUUGGCUGCAGAAAGGUACUUUUCGGUUUGAUAAUAAUAAGCCGAUGAUUUUGAUUGGUCCUGGAACUGGAGUGGCUCCAUUUAGAUCUUUGCUUUUAGAGAAAGUAAAAAAAGGAAAAGAUUUAAAAGAAUGUAUCCUGUUUUUUGGAUGUAGAAACGAAAAUAAGGAUUAUCAUUGUAGAGAAGAUUUUGAAUGUUUAUCAAGAAAAAAUAAUUUGAAAAUAUUCUGCGCAUUUUCCAGAGAUCAGCAUCACAAAAUAUAUGUCCAACAUCUUAUCCGCCAACAAAGAGAGCUGUGCUGGCAAUUUUUAGAAAAUAAUGGUAGUAUUUAUUUAGCAGGAAAUUCUAAAAAUAUGCCAGAUAAUGUGCGUGACGAAUUCGUUAGUUUAGCAAAAGAAAUUGGAAAAAUGACAAAGGAACAAGCAGAAACAUUUAUUAAACAUUUAGAGAAGAACAAUCGUUACCAAACAGAAACUUGGGAUUUAGUAUUUUUCAUAUUGAUACUUCAUGGAAUCGGUGCCUUGAUGCCAUGGAAUAUGUUUAUAACAGCUAAAGAUUAUUUUGUCAGUUACAAAUUGUCGAAGGAAUACACUGGUGUAGAUACAAACUAUGCGAUGAAUUUUCUUGCAUAUCUAUCAUUUGCAUCACAAGUACCAAAUUUAUUAUUCAAUUGGCUGAAUAUAUUUUUACAAUUUGGAGGCAACUUAACGACGCGUAUAGUAUGGAGUAUUUUUGUUUUGGUCUUAAUAUUUGUUUUUACUGUCAUUUUGGCAAUGACUGACAGUUCUGGUUGGCCUGGAAUAUUCUUCUGGAUUACUAUGAUAUCUGUAAUUAUAUUAAAUACUGCCAAUGGCAUUUAUCAGAACUCAGUGUUUGGAAUGGCAGCUAAAUUACCUAUUAGGUACACAGGUGCUGUUGUCUUAGGCUCGAAUAUCUGUGGAACUUUUACAGCUAUAAUAAAUUUCCUAGCUCAAAUAAUGGCGCCGAACGCGCGCACUGCCGCAAUAUAUUAUUUCAUCACAGCUUUAUUUAUUCUCCUGGCCUGCUUUGACACGUACUUUGCACUUCCAAUUAAUAGAUUUUAUCGAUAUCACGAGCUUCUUCAUCAAAAAGAGACGAACAAAAGACAAUUAGAGAACAAUUCAAGAGGAAAACAUAAAUCAGCUUAUUGGAAGGUGUUCAAGGCGUGCUUUCCACAAUGUGUCAACAUAUUUUUAAUCUUCUUUGUCACUUUAGCGCUUUUCCCAGCUGUCCAAUCUGAUAUACAGUCUUCAGACAAGAAUUUUGUGAUUCCCUCUGAAUAUUAUAGCAGUGUUAUGUGCUUUUUAACAUUCAAUAUCACUGCCAUGCUAGGAAGUUUAAUCGCAUCGUUGGUUCAAUGGCCGAGCAGAAAGUAUCUGGUGAUUCCAGUGAUCCUACGAGUUGUCUACAUACCAUUAUUUUUGAUCUGCAAUUAUCAGCCGAUGGGCGUAGAAAGAAUAUUGCCAGUACUUAUUAAAAAUGAUUGGGUGUUCUGGGUUAUUGCCAUUACUAUGGGCCUUAGUAGCGGCUAUCUAUCGUCAUUGUCGAUGAUGUAUUGCCCUAGAAUGGUGGAUUCGCAGUAUGCUUCGACGGCCGGCAUGUUUGGAGCGGCGUCUUUGAUGACGGGGAUUUUCACUGGAAUUCUGUUUUCCAUGGUGAUGCCUUUUAUCGUGGUUAACAUAAAAUUUUGAUCGUUUUAAAGAUAAGAUUUAGCAAUAUGCUUAUAUUAACUCAGGAGCUAAAAAAAAUAUUGCAAAUUAAGAAUGCAGUCUAUCUCCCACACACACAUAAUUACAAAUUAAAAUGAUGUAAAAUAACAAUUUAAAAGCUUGAAGAAAUAACAAUGUUGAAGAAGAAAAGUAAAACGUUAUUUCUAAAAAACAAUUCGAGAAAAGAAAUGAUAUUUCAGAAAUGAACAUUACUUUCCUCGACACAAAUAAGAGAGAUGUUUUCCAGAAUGCUCGUUUGCUUAUAUAUACGUUAA